GCUCCCGGGAAGACAAACAAAUGGUACUUAAAAACAAAGAUGGCCGAAAGCAUGGCGACAAAAUCAGAAAAGAAAAGUAAACGCAAGGAUGGUGGAAAAGUGAAUAACGUGAAUGAACUAGCUGAAAUUCAACAGAAGGGAGAGUUUAGGGUUGAGCCAUCUUCAGGAACUGCCAAACUUGAAACAUCACAAUGGCCUCUUCUUCUCAAGAAUUUCGACAAACUGAACGUACGCACUAUGCAUUAUACGCCAUUACCACACGGGUGUUCGCCGCUAAAGCGAGACAUAGCCGACUACGUCAGGGGUGGUUUCAUCAACCUUGACAAACCAGCCAAUCCGUCUUCACAUGAGGUGGUAUCCUGGGUGAAACGCAUUCUCAGAGUGGAGAAGACUGGGCACAGUGGGACGUUGGAUCCCAAAGUCACAGGCUGUCUCAUUGUGUGCAUUCAGAGAGCUACGCGACUCGUGAAAUCCCAGCAGGGGGCCGGGAAGGAGUACGUAGCUGUGGUGAGGUUUCACAGUGCCGUGGAAAGCCAGCAGAAACUUGCACAGGCGGUGGAGACGCUCACAGGCGCCCUCUUCCAGCGACCGCCGCUAAUAUCGGCCGUCAAGCGACAACUUCGCAUUCGCACGAUAUACGAGAGCAAGUUGUCAGAGUACGACAACGAUAAAAACAUGGGACAACCUGGUGACCAUGCACGACGUGAUGGAUGCUCAGUGGCUGUACGACAAUCACAAGGACGAGUCCUACCUGAGACGCGUCAUCUCCCCACUGGAGAAACUGCUCACCUCGCAUAAGCGGGUCAUUCUCAAGGACAGCGCUGUGAAUGCUGUGUGUUACGGAGCCAAGGUGAUGUUGCCAGGAGUUCUUCGCUACGAGGAUGGAAUAGAGCUGAACCAGGAAAUUGUUAUCGUUACAACAAAGGGAGAAGGCGUCGCACUAGCCAUCGCACUGAUGACGACGGCUGUGAUGGCGACGUGUGAUCACGGAGUCGUCGCAAAGAUCAAGCGCGUCAUCAUGGAGCGUGACACCUACCCUCGCAAGUGGGGGCUCGGGCCCAAGGCCAGCAUCAAGAAGGGCAUGAUUAAGGAAGGAUUGCUGGAUAAACAUGGCAAAGCCAAUGAAAAAACACCUGGUGACUGGAAAGAUAGUUACGAGUAUUACAGCACACAAAGUAAAGCUGAUGGAAUUAAGAAGGAAACUGACCAAGCUGAUGAACCAACGACUCCUGCUGCUAGCAAGAGAAAGCGAACACCAUCAGAUAGUUCUGGUGAUUCAUCACCUGCAGUUGAAAUAAAGAAAGAACCCGGUUCUGAAAAGAAAAAGAAAAAGAAGAAGAAGAAGAGCAAAGAGAUGGGAGAUGGUGACGCCUCAAUGGAGGCAGACACACCAAAAUCAGAAAAAAAGAAAAAGAAGAAGGUAAAGAAAGAAACAGAUUCAGACUGAUUGACUAGCAGUGUUCAUGUGAAAAGAAGCUGCAAUUCAAAUGACUGGUGCAGCUGUUAACUUGUUUGUGGGUGUCAAAUUAAUAGUUCUAUCAGAAAUAUCUUCCCAUUCAAUGGAAUUUCCUUCUGUUAGGCAGUUUAAUUAAAUGUCAUUGUGGUUUUUAUGCGGUAUAAAAUUAUGUACAUUAAAAAAAUUAACAUCUUAAGCUAAGAGCUUUCAUAGUAGGUGUAAGUGUAUAGAGCUGUAAGGCUAUAGUGUAACGAGUGACAGCCGAAAACUUGUGAAAUGAGUACACGAGUAAUGAUAAAAUACAUAUGGUUUUUCAAAUCCACGAUCUACCAUGAAGAAUGAGUAUAAAGUUAUGGAAACCUACAGACGAGGCUAAAGGCUAAAGAAUAAAGCAUCAGUAAUGUCAAAGGUCAUUCCCAUUUUUUAUUUGUGCAUUAUUACGAUUUGGAAAAUAAUGUUUUCCACUUU